GAUGAUCCGCACCGGGGCCGCCGCCGCACGGUGGUUCUCCCGGCUCGCGCCGCCGCGAUCGGCGGCGGUGGAGCCGGUAAUCCGAGUGGAGAACAACAUCGCCCGCCUUGGCCCACCCAAGGAGGGGCCUAAGCCUAGGCAGCUGCUCUCCCUCCCACCCUUUCCGUCUUCCGGCGUGAACCCCCUUCCCGGCCGGAAACAAGGCUCCGGUUCCGGAAAGGUCACCGCCAUCUCCUGGAUUAAGCACUACUUUGCCGAAGUUGAGCCCGUGUUGAUUCAGAGCCACUUCAACAAAGGCCUGGUUCAUGUGGGAAGCUCAGAGGAUGAUGUUUCAGCAGCCAAGGGCUGCCAGAAGCUGCACUCCUUGAAGAAGAUUAAGCAUAACGAUGUUAUGGAGCCUGGCAUGAAGAUCUACAUUCCGGUAUCUGUUGCAGAAUCCAGAAUCUCCAAGAGAUAUGACACCAUACCGACGGAAACUCUACAUCCCAAUGCCGAUGAGAUACAGUAUUUACAGAGACUUGUGUUGCAUAAGGACUCAGCUAUAAUUGUUCUCAACAAACCAGCAAAAGUUCCUAUGAAGGGAAACUUACCGGUUCAUAACAGCAUGGAUGUACUGGCCGCGGCUGCAUUGUCGUAUGGAAAUGAGGAGGGUCCCAAGUUGGUACAUAAGUUAGACAGAGAGAGCAGUGGGUUGCUAUUGAUGGGAAGAUCGAAAGAAAGCUUUUCUCGCCUAAGUUGGUUGUUUAGUAACAUAGGUUUCGCAAAAUCAUCUUCUCAGACUUGGAAUGAUGCAUGUGAAGCAACUCUUCAGAGGUAUUGGGCAUUGGUCAUUGGCUGCCCAAAAGAAAAACAAGGCAUUAUUUCUGCUCCAUUGUCAAAGGUGCUUCUCAAUGAUGGAAAAGCAGAGAGAAUCAUUUUGGCUCACCCUUCCGGCGUCAAUGCUUCUCAAGAAGCUCUAACUGAGUAUCGAGUGCUUGGACCAACUAUUAAUGGUUGCUCAUGGUUAGAGUUGCGACCACUUACGAGUCGGAAACAUCAAGUCCGAGUCCACUGUGCUGAAGCACUUGGAACUCCUAUUGUUGGGGAUUACAAAUAUGGAUGGUUUGUGCACCAGAGGUGGAAGAAUAUGGAGCGAGUGGACUACGAACCGUUCUCUGGAAAACCUUACAAACUACGAAGGCCCGAAGGUUUGGAGGUUCAAAAGGGAAGCGUCUUAUCCAAGGUCCCCCUGCUGCACCUACACUGUCGGGAAAUGGUCAUCCCUAACAUUGCAAAGUUCCUAGAUAAUUCAGGCAAAUGGCAUGAUGAGGGUCAGGCAUGGGCCUCUCACAAGCCAGACCUUCUCCGUUUCGUAGCACCGAUGCCAUCUCACAUGAAAAUAAGCUGGAACCUUAUGUCAUCCUACUUGGUGUGACCAAUUCUUCGAAUCUCGGCAUACAAUGUUCCCCCAAGACAUGAAGGAUCUCCUCAAAUGCUUCCUCAUUGCACGGAAUGCGAAGGCCACCGGUCUGCUCAAAGCCAAACUCCUCCGCAACCUUCUCCAUCAAUGCCCGAAACUCCGGCUGGCAAAGAUAGCUCGCC